AUGCAAGCAAAUCAUUCUAUCAGUUACUUUCUCGAAGCCAAUGUCCCAAAGAGAUCCAACGGCUCACUUUCACAACCAAGUAAACAAAUAAAUUUUCAAAAAGCUCUUAAUAAAACGGAAGAGGAGAUUGAAGAUGAAGACCUGAUGGUAGACCUCAACACGGGAUCUUUGACUCCUGUUAAUUUGAAAUACUGGACUCAAAUGAGUAGUAUGACGGAAAAAUUUGACAAGCUCUGA